AUGGCGUCCACUCUCUUCUCCACUUCGCCACUCUGUUCUUCCUCCUCUUCUUCUCUGUUUUCCACACCACUUAAAUUAUCCUUAAAGCCCAGUUCCCUUGGAACCAAAAACCCCCUUUCUCUUCCCAUGACUCAUUCUCGACGCUUCAAAAUCACUGCCAUGGCUCCUCCAAAGCCUGCUGGUGGCAAGGAAAAGAAAGUGGUUGGAGUGAUAAAGCUGGCUCUUGAAGCCGGAAAGGCGACGCCGGCUCCACCGGUUGGACCGGCUCUUGGUUCAAAGGGUGUUAAUAUUAUGGCUUUCUGUAAAGAUUACAAUGCCAGAACCGCUGAUAAACCCGGUUACGUCAUUCCCGUUGAAAUCACUGUCUUUGAUGACAAAAGUUUUACUUUCAUAUUGAAAACCCCACCUGCUUCUGUUUUACUGCUUAAGGCUGCUGGAGUGGAAAAGGGUUCCAAAGACCCCAAGAUAGAAAAGGUAGGAAAAGUCACAAUUGAUCAGUUGCGCACAAUUGCUUCCGAGAAGUUGCCGGACUUGAAUUGCUCAACUAUCGAUUCAGCUAUGAGAAUUAUAGCAGGCACUGCAGCAAAUAUGGGAAUUGAUGUUGAUCCUCCUAUUCUUGAAGUCAAAGAGAAGCAACUUUUGUAA